GUAGGUUUGUUAUUGUUGUGACGAUCAACAUGAAUUUUCAACAAAGAGACUAGUUUAACCUCAAAAUACCCUUUAUUUUGCAAAAUUCCACUCCUUAAAAACGCGAGCAUGAAAGAUUAGAAGUUUAUCAAGAUGUUUGCAAUAAUAAAAUCUGAAAAUGAACUUAAUAUUUGAAGAUUUGAGAAUAAAGUUUGGACGUCUGCUGCUUCGAUUUUUGACUGAUUUUUAGUCGAUUUUUGUUCUUGAAUAUUUUACGCGUUCUAAAUGAUGGAUUUCAUGUUUGAUUGGGACAAUGAUGUGGAUAGGUUCUCCUUUGAUGAUAGUGAGCGUUUUGAGGAAGAGUCCAUGUGCUCUUGGCUGAGUGAAACUGAAAGUUUGAAUAACAACUGGAGGGGAUGGAAACGUCAAAAUGGUGGACAGACAAGUCCAUCAUUUUCUAAAUCACAAGAAGGCCAUCCUGUUUUAUCUCUGGUAGAGCUAGCCUCUCAGACAGUGGCUUGUAACAUCCCAUAUGGUGUGGUAGAGAAAUACCCCCAGCCUAUCCCAGAACCACUUCAGCUUAGAAUCACAUACUGGAGCUUCCCAGACUGCGAGGAAGAUAUCAGGCUUUAUUCCUGUCUUGCCAAUGGCAGUGCAGAAGAGUUUCAGAAAGGAGACCACUUGUACAAAGGGAAAGCUGUCAAAAAAGCCCUGCAAAUUGGAUUUCACCUCAGUGCAACAGUUGAUCCGCCACAUAACUUGCCCCAACAGAAGGGCGGUUAUAAGGUGGCAAUAUUGUUUGAUAGACGGAGGAUAACACAGUGCACAUGCACUUGCAACAGCAAUGCAUUAUGGUGUUCUCAUGUUGUAGCUGUCUGUCUCUUUAGGAUACAUCAGUGUGCCUCAGUAACACAGCGGGUACCAGUGUCGGAAAGUCUAGCCCAAUUACAGAGGGAUCAGUUACAGAAAUUUGCCCAGUAUCUUAUUGUUGAAAUGCCAAAGGAGAUUCUUCCAAUUGCACAAGGAUUGCUGGACAAAUUGAUAUCUGCCAAGGAGUGUGAGAUGAACACAAUAAGUGGGGCUCCAGAUCCAACAGCUGGGGCGGAGGCCAAUGAGGAAACUUCAUGGUGCCUUGAUGAGAAACAGCUCCAUGAAAAUGUGAAGAAGACUUUGGUGAAAUUUUGUGUACCUUCUCCAGUGGUUUUCAGUGAUGUGAAUUUCUUGACACAGACAGCACCCCCAGCUGCAGCAGAAUGGCAGAGUUUGUUACGCCCACUGCGGGGUCGUGAACCAGAGGGCAUGUGGAAUCUGCUGUCUAUAGCUCGAGAAAUGUUCAGACGGAGUGACCAUAAUGCCUUGCCACUCCUGGAAAUAAUCACAGAUGAGGUUCUUCAGUGCGAGCAGAUUUUGAUAUGGUGGUUUAUGACAAAGAUUUCCAACAAUAACAACAACCAGAUCAGUUCACGAUCAAGCAGUAACAGUAGUGCCAGUAUAACACAGCAUGCCGCUUCUAGUCUCUGCGAUGAAAUUGUCAAUCUCUGGAAACUGGCCGCUCUUAAUCCUAAACUCAGUCCCUCGCAGAAAGAUGAUAUGUGUGCAAAAUUCAAAGAAUGGCAUAUAUCUACCAUUGAUAAAGUGAAACGAGCACGUAACAGUAAUUCUGGAAGUAGUGGUGGUACAUUGAAAAAAUCUGAGAUAGAGAAUUUUACUGGGUUUAAACCAGGAAUAGAAGCUUGUAUAUUACAAUGGAAUGAUUACCACAUACCUGGUGUUACAUAUUCGGAUUCUCAGAUGUUCUCAUUUUUACGCUAUAGGUUUAAUAGGAACUUGGAUCCUGAUGCUAAAAAGCCUUCAAGGGUCCAGCCAAUGGCUGUUUGCUCUGAAAAUCUAAUAAGCACAGAUGACAUGACAACAUUAGCUCAGGCAACGAAUAUGUUAAAUGAACAUCAUUCCCCGCAAGAAAUGAAGAACAAGCGACACAGACACCCCAGUAGACAAGGUCAAGGUCAUAAUAAUGAUGGAGCCAUGAGCUCGGGAUCUGAAGGGUUCUGUGAGCCUGAGAGGGGAAGCUCUCUCUUCAGAGACUCUGAUUCGGGUUCAGAAAUGAAAGAACACACAUCGCGUAGCAAUUCUCUAGAAGAUGCAGAAUCUUUCGGAUUAUUUAAUCUCGGUAGUAGGGAAUUGAAACAGAACACUAGUAAUAAGAUUGAUAAUCAAAACAAUGAUGUUGAUAGUUUUAUGGAAUUAGGUAUGCAGGGAAGAAAUGACGAGGUACGACCAUCAACAUCUGGCCUUUCAGUAGCCAGUGCUGGAGCCAGUGUGAAUGCUGAACAGUCUUCCGAAUCACAGGUGUCAGGUGAUGAAUAUUCAAUGUACUUCUAUGACAGAGCCAAAGCAACGGAAUUAGAAAAAAAAAGAAAAGAGAAAAGCACGGAAGAACCAAAUUUCUUUGCUGGAGUAAAAUGUUUAGAGAAUAGACAGGAUAUAUUGUUUGCAAGAGCUGAAGCAUUACAUGCCCAUGGUCAUACCAAAGAAGCAUGUAAACUGGCACAGCAGCUAGCAGAGGAACUGCUUGCCAAUCCUCCAGACCUACUUGCUGAGAGUGCAGCUGUACCAAAUGUAAAAGGAAAGAGAAAGAAGGCACUAACAAGUAUCACCAUGUUAGCUAGCACGACACUGUCAAAGGCUGCAUUUCUGUGUAGUGUGUUACUAGAGGAACAAGAAACUUGGCAUCUUGCUUUCCAGAUGGGAAUGUUUGUCUUAGAGAUGCCACGCCCACCUGCAUCCUGUAAAAGUAUGGAGGUGAAACUGGCCUAUCAGGAGACGGAGCUUCUUACAUUGUUGAAGAAAAUUCCACUUGGACCAUUAGAGAUGGCAAUAUUACGACAGAGAGCAGACCAAUUGAAGGAUGGAACAAUUAAGUCACGCGGAGAGGCAUUGUUGCCUCUGACACUAGCAAGCUUUAUAUUUGAUGCUCUUUGUCUUGGAGCAUGUCCCAUGACAUCAUCUUUACCAUGUAUGUCCCGUCAAGGAGCAGCAGCAGUAUGUAGACAGCCAGGAGAUGAGAAACUUGGCUUUGAUGGAUGUGUUGCAUCUCUUGGUAUGAAAGCAAAUGUGUCGGAGGCUGAGCAUCCAUUGUUGUGUGAGAGUACAAGGAAACAGAGAGGAGAAUUGGCCUUGGCCAUGCUAAUACAUUACAAGGAUGAUGUUAUUAAGCUGAGCAAAAUAAUGGACAAGUUGUUAGACAAAGAGGUUCAUCCCUCAUACAAGGCUCCCAGUCUGGUCACAUAUCUUACACCUAGACACACAGCAAACGCAACCCCACCUACCUCAGCUCCAGUCGUUGCUAGUGGGGAGUCGAGAGAUCAUUCCAACAGAGAUGCCGGCAGACCUUCUGUGUCUGGUGGAACAAGAGCUUCUGAGCUGGAUGAGUUCCCACCAACUGAUGACUUUACUGACCCACGACCUGGACCAUCUGGAGCAACUUCAAGUUCAGGGGCUACAAGUUCUGGAGCAAGGCCCAAAACUACAUACACUUUGACUUAUGGCCAGAGUAGAGACACAGAUAGUUCAGCUGUUGAAGAAGAAGGAGAUAACUACAAAGCUUUGGAGGCUAAACUCAGAUGUAUGGCUUUAAAGAAGAAACCAUCACAGGGUAUGGCUGCUAUUGACAGUAGUGCUCCUGAAACCACAUCCAGCGAUAAUUCUCCAACACUGGUGCGGAGGGCUUGGAGCAAACAUCAGGGUCCAGGCAGUGAUAGUGGAUCCAGUGGGGAUAGUGACUCUUUAGGCUCAAGUAGUUCUGGGGACAAGGGAGAUUUAAGGGCCAAAAUAAGGGAUGAAAGUCCUGUCGGUCAAAUGAAUCAAAGAAUUGCUGCAACAUCACAGUUUAUCUUGGAUUCUCGCAGCUCUACACCAAACCUGAAAGGAAUAAGGUUCAAAGGUAAAAGUAGGAUCAUGCCUACAGUGCCAAAUCAACCUAGUGAGGCUUCAGCACACUGGAUGUGGGAGGUGGCAAAGACUAUAUUGAACAAGGCUGGCGGAAGUAGCUCCACCUCCCAAUUUAUACAGCCAUCCAAUACAAACCAGCCCACAGGUCCACAUCGUAAUCUUCAGCUGUGUUCCUUCCAGAUUGGUCUGUAUGCUCUGGGGUUGCAGAAUUGUGUGGCUCCUAAUUGGCUGUCAAGGACGUACUCUUCUCAUGUUUCUUGGAUUGCAGGACAAGCAAUGGAAAUAGGCAGUGCAGCCAUCCACAUUUUGAUUGACACCUGGGAAGGUCAUCUAACUCCUCCAGAAGUUGCUUCAUUGGCUGACAGAGCAUCAAGGGGACGGGACCACAAUAUAGUCAAAGCUGCUGCGGAACUUGCAUUAUCAUGUUUACCACAGGCUCAUGCUCUGAAUCCAUCAGAAGUUCAGAGAGCUUUAUUCCAGUGUAAAGAACAGAGCAGGGAAAUGUUGGAAAAAGCUUGUUUAGCUGUGGAGAGUGCUGCUAAAGGUGGAGGGGUUUACCCAGAAGUGUUAUUUCACGUUGCCAAACGAUGGUAUGAAUUAUCAGAAGAGGCUGCUAAUCAGCCUGGUUCUGACAGUCAGCAGAGGAAUGGAAGGGAAAGCAGACCACAGUCAGCUCCAACAGUGCCAGUAGCAGCCUCUCGUUCUCCUGUACAAGCUGGAAGCUCAAGCCCAGCCAAUGCACAGGCUCCUCCGUUCAGUAACACUCCACCUAAUGCUAAUCAAAUGAAUCAAGUGACUGUAUCAUCAGCUCAGAUAUUCUCACACAAUGGACAGUUAGCUACACAAGCUGUAGUGUUACCUUUUGCCAUUCCACCGGUCCCACAACCUAGUCCCCACCAUCAUCCCAUACCACAUCAGCAAACAUUUGUACAGCCCACGUAUAAUAUUGUUCAACAGAUCCAGCCAUUUCCGCCAUAUUCACAAUCCAUUCCCAUGCAUGCCCAAAACAUUCAUCCAUAUGUAGCAACAUUUACAUACAACAGUCCCAUGCAGUUUAACAACAUCCCACAGACGGCAUACUCAUCUGCCACUCACUAUCGCCAACUUGCUCCGGGACAACAAGUUCAAGUCUUACCUAGUCAGAACUGUCAGGUUGCUUCUAUUCAGGGAAUUCUUGCGCAACAGGCUCCUUUGCAGUUGCCACAGCAACCAAAUGAGGAUGUUAAUCAUCUACACACUUCAGGGACUAAUCCUAUAUUGAAUCCUACUCAAGCGCACUAUCUACAUGCAGCAUUCAGAGUUGGAAUUCUGGCCGUGGAGACUCUAGCAAGAAGAGUACAUGAUGAUAGGCCACAGACAAAAUAUGCCAGAAACCCACCAAUGGGAGAUGAUGUCAAGUGGCUUCUCAAUAUCUCAAUGAAACUUGGUACAAGUUACCUUCAGCAGUUUACUGCCAGUGUUGUGAAUGCAGUGGUGAGUCCGUUCCUACUGUAUGACAUUGCUAUAGAAGCUGCUCAGGUGCUGGCCAGGAACAACCCAGUAGCCGUACAGAGUCAUCUCAGAUCUGGUAUACUCAACCCACUUGUACAAAAAUGUCUUCAAAUGUUUAUACAAUGUGCUCAUCAGAGAAUUCAUCACAUUAACACAUCAGAAUACGAUGACUUUGUUAGUAUCAUUUGUAGUGCUAGAAAUGUGUUCUACAUUACACCCGGAGGUAUGGUCCAGUUUCAAGAACUGUUACAGAGCUUGAGGAGAACAAAGUCAUGCCGUAAAGAGCUCUGGCAGAGGAUCAUGAAUGGGUUAGCGACGCCUGUAAGCUUAUGACGGAUGUGUGCAGUAGAACAGUGUUAGGAUUUUGUAAAUGCUUUGUAAACAUGCUGCUAGAUGUAUUUAUUGGGUAAUAUGUUGGCCAUGUAGGAUUAUAAUUGUGAGAUUUGGCAAUCACAAAAGGUUGCUUGUAUUACAAGUAGAAUUAUGGGGUAUGAUUGUUUGAAAUUGGUUGAUUACUUUUAAGGAACCAACGAAAUAUUGUUAAUUAGCUAGAAUGAUGAAUAAUGUUUGAUGUAAAGAGGUCAAAAAUGUGUUUUAUGAAAUGUAGAGAGAAGUGAUGUAGGCUUCCCUCAAGAAUGAAUAGUUUCAGAAAGCAGGUGUUCCUCGUAUGCAUAAAUUCUUAACAAGACUAAAUGUUUUUGGGAAACAAAAUUACUUUGUAUUUUGUUUAAUGUUCCUGUCAACAUCAUUAUGGUAUAAUUGCUUAUUCAAAGAUAAAAAAUAAAUUGAGUGGGAAUAAAUUUUUAAGUAUAAAUGUAACUUGCUAGAUGAGGCAUUCAUAUAAGCUCAAACAAGUUCAGUUGCUGCAGGGAAUAUGCCAUUUAUUUGUUCUGUGGACUUGGCAUAGGUACUAUACUAUCAGAUUUUUUUUAACCAGAUUGUCACAAAAUUAAGUUACAGUGUAAUGAAUUGAGAUUAAAUCUUUGUGUUAGUAGUAACUAAACAUCCACUGAAGUAAUUAAAAUCUGAGUUUUAGUGAAAAUUAUUUUCCCAAAAUAUUCAAAAAUGCUGAAUAAGGGGGAAUUAAUCCUUAAUGAUUAAUUCUGAUGUUACUGUAAUAAUUGCAUUUCACAGUUCUGUAACUAUGUUUACUUUUUUGGUUUGCCAGUUGUAAGUAGAGAUGUCCCAGUUUGUCAAGUAUAAUUAACAGUCUUUCCUCCAAAGUGGAAUGGAUACAUCUGUUUGGGGCAAUCUAAAGAUACUAUUUUUGGUGACAGUGUGUCAGACUAAGUUCAAGGUUAUUUUCUUAGCAAAUACAAUAUCAUAUAUUUGCUUUAUUCCCAGUAAUAUCCAUAAAAGAGAUUCAAGAGAGAAAUGUAUUGAAGCAUGCCAUUGGAUAAUUUAUGAUGGUAGACCUUGAAAAGUGAAGGUCAUGUAUUGCCUUGCAAUACUCGGGUUCUUUCCUCUUAUACAGUGAAACACUGCUUGCUGAAGUGUUGAGGACUCCAGCAGUUAAUAUUCUUGCAUGCCAGUCAGGAUUUUCCCUUGUUUUUGCGGGUGCUGGAAAAAUUCAUCACACAUCCCAUGGAAAUUUAGGAAAAGUUAGGCAUGAAUAUGUAAAUUCAUAUGCUACUGUAAUAAAAUGUUGCUUGAAAGAAAAGCAUCUGGUUUGUUUUAUUUCUUCUGUCAAUUGAAGACUAAUGUAUGAAAGAAAAAGAAUCUAUCACUUGUUGAAGGGGCAGAUGGAAAUAUCUGGCUCUAGGGUAACAGUUUUGUGGUAACUCAGCAUUGCCUCGUUGUCACUGAAACAGUUACUGUCCAGCUAUUUCCAUCCGCAACUUCAACCAGUGAGAUUCUUAUAUGGUCCUUGUAUUUCUGAAGCUCAUUUGUAACCUGGGAAAACUAAAGUGAUAUGCGCACAUCUAGCAAGCUGGAAUGUUCAGUGUUUAACUGUAUUUACAUUCCUGAAUGAAAUUAUUUCAACAUAUAUGAUUUAAACAAUAUGACUGACAUGUUAUUGAUGAAUGCCAGUUACAUGUCUUUGAAAACCUAUGUAUCGUCACCACAUGAUAUGCAGGCCUAUAAUAUUGCCAAAAGUUAUCCAGUCAAUGAUUUUCUAUCAGAUAUAUAUAUUACAUAUAUUCUUUAUGACUGUGCCAUUGAUUUCACAUUUUUCCAAAAGUAUAUCUUUAUAUUUGGUUGUCAUGACUAAGUAUUUAUAUAUGUGCGAAGUUGUUUUCCACUAGAUAAUAGUUAUUAUACAGAGGGUUUGUGUAUGUAUAAUAACUGUGUAUAAAUGGACCCCUUGAAUAUGCAUGUAUGUAAUAUUUUUUGCAUUCCCAAUGACAAGCAUAUUAUGAUAAUGUCAUAAUUCUAUGUGUAGUAAUGUGACACUUCUAUGAAUGUAUUAUUAAUGUCAUAUUAUAAUUGAGUUUAUUUCUGAUUGAAAUGUCAUUAUUCUUUGAACAUGAAGUCUUUUUACUGCAGACCUUGACUUUUAAUGAGUAUCUGUUUUUAAUAUCUAAUGAAUGGGUGUUAAACUAGCAAUAAGUUAAUUUGAAGUUUUGAGUGGAUUUUUUUUAUACUUUUUUUUAAAAAAAAUUCAAAAUUCUAGCAGUUUUUAUUUAGAGUUAAGAUUUUUAUCAUUUUAGUAUGUAGUUAUUGAAAUGUUUUUUCAGGGAUACGUUUUUCAUAGAGGUUGAGAUUUUAUCACUGUUUUUUCUUCCUCUUCAUAUUUAAAGAGGCCAUUUUGACAACGAAACUAAAUUUUCUGUUGUAUUUCUUUGUCAAAUGGCUUGUUCAUGUUUGCAUAUAACUUGCCUUGGUACAUGCAUAUUUGGGGAAAUAUGUUGUAAAAAUACUGCAUUCACUCUCAUUAGUACACAGAUAUUAUGAUUGAGUUCAUUUGUCUACCACUUCUUGUUUUUGUGGGGAGGGGUGGGGGAAGUUGGCUUGCACUAAUACAAAGCUGAGUUUUUGUGAGACAGAAAACCUUGGCUAACAGCUAUUACAUACCACAGAUGUUAAAUGUAAUACAUUGGAGAUAAUUAAAGCAUGUUAUUAUUGAAAACUGAUAAAAGUUGUAAAGUUCUGUUUUAAAUGUUGAUGAUUAUAAAAAAAAUAUUAUGCUAACAUUAGGAAUGCUUUCUAAAAUUAGCCUGGUACCCUAAAAAAUUAUUGUAUUCUUUUAUACCAUAUAUCAGUGUUUUUUGUGCUUAUCUAAUUUUUGCAAUUAAAAUUGCCAAAAUUUGAUCUGUGAAAAAUUAGUACAAUAAAUAAAAAUGUUCAGUUAUCACGUAAUUUCACUUUAUCUGUUGAUGUUCGCAGUGAUAGAGACAAUGAUUAUACUGUAGGCAUUAUUCUUCUCUUUUCCCCUUGUCUUUCUUUUACAUUGUCAUAAAUCACAAGACCGUUACCUUUAGCCUGCUGGCAGCAAGUGAUUCUGCCUUUGCAACCAGUGUAGAUCAUGGUCAGCCUGCACAUCCAUGCAGUCCGAUCAUGAUCUGUACUGUUUGCUAUUCAGUCAGUAAAUUUUCAGUGAACACCCCUUCGAAAAAUAAAUGGUAUUGCGCAAAUUGAAUGAUGGACCAGUCCAUUUUAGAAAAAUAGCAGGGUAAGAGGUAAUAACUGAGAAUAAACUCGGAAAGUAAAUUUUACUGGAAAUUAUUAAUGAUAAAUAAUCCUACCAAGCAUGGGUAUGAUGGGAUAUCUGGAACAAUUUUGACUAUUGCUCAUACAUAUAGCCUGUAAACAUACAUGUGUACGUCAACAUUGUGUAUGGUAAAUUUGUCUCUCUAUAAAUAGUUUCGGAAAUAGCAACAUGGCAAUGAUAUGCUACAUCAAUUUUUAUUAAACAGUAAUGCGAAGAAAAUUCAGGUAUUGCAAUUUCAUUUACAUUAAAUUCAUUGAAAUUACAUUGGGAUCCAAAUUAUAAAAUGUGAUAAACAUGCAAAAAUACUGAUGUAUGUUAUUUCUAAAGGAAUUGACCUGUUGUUAUAGGUAUUGUGUGACUGUGUAAAUCAUUCCGCUGUGUAGACUUUAUUGAAUGUUAUUGUGGUAUAAAUGCCAGUAAUAUAGUUACGAAAUAUGUGUGUCAUUUCUUGAUACAUUUAAUUCUCUCUUUUUUUCAUUUUUGCAUUUAGAUACAUGUAUAAUAUAAAAUUGCAAAUCAAAACUAAUGAAGUAUAUAUGUAUAGAUGUACAUUACAAUUAUUUUCGAAGUAUUGUAAAUACACAAGCAUAAGUCGAUUUUGUAAUUACAAAGAAGGCAACUGUAAUAUCACAUACCUUCUUGCAGCCAAAGUUUCCCGAAAUUUAAUAACUGUAAAAUAAUGCAAUGUUUAUUCCUCACCUAAGCCAUAAAUUUAACCAAGGACUUGGGUUUGCAAAAGUAACAAAAACAUGAAAUUAGCAGAAUCUAGUCACUCCCAUUUAUUUGUCAUUUUACAGUUCUUAGAAUUUAUAGCAUAGUCUUAAUGAUGACAUUGACAAAAAGUGUGGUAAAAAAAGUCAUAUGACUGGAUGGCCCAAUGACCUCAGUGGCUUUAAAACAGCUACAUAGCGGUCAUGAGCUCCACCCUAAUGUGAUGGGAAUAUUCCUGUUUGACAUAAGGCAGCAGACCUGUGGACAUUUGUUCUUGAAUUUUCAUUGGUGUUGGGAAUGUGCCACUAAUAGCUGGUACAAAAUUCAGAAACUUUUGAAAUGGACUUUAGGUAUAUAACUGUAAUAAUUACCACCUUUGACAAAGCUUGCAGUCAUUUGGUUGUCAAAAUACUAUUAUUAAGAAGAGUUAGGUUUAGAAAACUCCAAAAUUUUGGUAAAUUCUAAACAGGCAUCAAUUCACAAUGGCGUUAAACUAAAAAAAUAAACUGUACACUAUGACCAGUUGUCAAGGUCAGCUUGUGCCUGAGUAUUUAUAGUAUUUGAAUAGUAUUUUCCAAAUAUUUUGUCUUGUAUUAUUUUUUCGGUUUGUAAACAGGAACUGAACAUGCAUUGGAUAUGAAGGAGAGAUUUAUUCAGUCGAAUUGUACAAGUUAGCUGAUCUAAUUAAGUUGUAACAUGUCUUUAACCUUUAGCCUGCUGGUGGCAAGUGAUUAUGCCUUUGCGCCCAGUGCAGACCAAGAUCAGCUUGCACAGGUCUGCACUGUUCGCUAUUCAGUCAGUAAAUGUUUAGUGAACACCCCUUUGAAUAACAAAUGGUACUGCCCAGAUUGAGUCACAGACCAGUCCAUUCUAGAAAUUUAGCAGGGUAAAGGUUAAGCUUUUACAACAAAAUGCAGCAUAUUUAUUAGAUGAAAACAAUGAAUGAAGGGAUCAGUCUGAAGGAAAUAUUAAUUGAAGAUAUUGUUUAGCACUUGUAAAUUACUGAUACUUAUUUCUUUUACAUUCACUAGUGAUGCAAUACUUUAAAAUUGAUUUAUUUCACAUUGCUGAUCUUCAAAUCAAAUCAAAUGAUUAUGCAUCUUGUGAGUCAUUACUGCUUGACAUGGAGUGACCAGUACAACAGAAAUCAGAAUUCUAGAAUUAUGUAUGAAAAGUAUUGUGUAAUAAUAAAUAAAACUAGAAUUACACAGGAUGACGACAGAUUAUACAGGGAAUGAUAAUGUACUCUAUGAAUGUAAUAUAUGCAAGUGAUACUGCUCUUAAAUUGCAAUAUACAACAUUUUCUAUUGUGCAUUCGUAAGUUAACAGCCACUAUUUACCAGUAAUACAUGGUUUCUGAUUUUUGGUAAGUAAUGAUUGGAUAUUUUACAUUGCUUGUAUUUAUAAGUGCUGUGUAAUAUUGUACAGAAAAAGUGGCUUGCUGAAUAGAACCUAAAAAAAAUUGAGAUGUUCCUUAAAUUAGAGCUUUCUGUGUUACCAUCAUACAGUUGGCUGUCUCUUUGUUAUGAAUUUGUUAUUUCUGUGUUAUCACAGUAGCACUGUAAAGUUGAAAGAAGAAUAUACAAAUAGACAUUAUUGUGGGAUAAAUGUUCCUUGUUUAACAUUUGAGUAUUUGUCAGAAUCCUUGUUUUGUAUCAUUUUCUUAUUGCCCAUGCACUAACUGUAUUAGUAUGCACUUUAGAAUUUGUAGAUCUCAAUGUGUACAUGGGAAAGCCCUCAUUGGACUUCAUACAGGAGGUCAAGUUUCUGUGUUUAGGGAAUAGUUGAGGACAUUCAAGGAAUGAAAUUUUUGUGUGAUUUGUUUAAUUUAGUCUUCUUUAAAAACAGCUGUGAAAUGAUAUAGUAAUGAAAAACAUCUACAUUGUAAUUCAGGAUUGAUGUUAUUUAAAACAGAUUUUGUUUUCCAUUCAUUUUCUUUUGAAGCAUAUGUUGGUUUUGUUAAAAGUCUAACAAUAUAGCAAUUUAAAGCUAUGUGCAGGCAUUUUAUGAAAUAACUCAAGGAAAAUACUUAUUCUCUUCUACUCAGUCAGUUAAGGGAAACAGAUGUUGUUUUAUCAAAUUAGAUGUUGAUAUAAUUAUUGCUCUACAUGAAAUGAAAAGUAUCUGUUCAAGAAAAAAAAAAGAGAAAAAGUAAAAAAAAAAUGGAAGCUGUAUGACUUUGUGAAGUCCUGAAAAUGUAACAGAUAAUCCAGUGAAGAAACUGACUGUGAAAUUCUAUUUGUCUCAUUUUGUGGUAGAGCUAAGUAAAGUUUAAAAAGGAAAGUGGAAUAUGGUAUUUUAUAGCCAUUUUCAGGCUUUUUUUCCUUCCGGGGCUUGUGUAGGUCAGGUUAGCAAAAUCAUGAACAUUGGGCAUGCACAAUGUUAAAGUUAGUAAUAAUCUUUUUUUAAGGACUGUGUCAAAAAAUCUGAGAAAUAUCAUAACAAUGAAUUUAGGAAAAUUUAAAUAUUUGUCCACUAUUUCACCUUUGUAACCUUGUAGAAAUUUAUUUUUAACCAGAUAUUUUACUCAAACUGAAUGUUUUUGUAAGUUGGUGAAAACGUUGCUACAUAUUGAGAAUUCCAGACUACUUAUUAUUUUCUCUUUUUAUACGCCCGAAGGGACAUAUUAUGUUAUACCCCCGGUGUCCGUCCGUCUGUCAGUCCGUCCGUUAGCAAUUUCGUGUCUGCUCUGUAACUCUUGAACCCCUUGAAGGAUUUUAAAGAAAUUUGACAAAAAUGUUCACCACAUCGAGACGACGCGCAGAGCACAUGUUUUAGAUGUCUCGCUUCAAGGUCAAGAUAACACUUAGGGGUCAAAGGUCAUAUCAGUUUGUUCUGUGUCCGCUCUUGAACGGCUUGAAGGAUUUCAGAGAAACUUGGCACAAAUGUUCACCACACCGAGACUACGUGCAGAGCGCAUAUUUUGGAUGACUGUCUUCAAGAUCAAGGUCACACUUAGGGGUCAAAGGUCAUAUCAUUUUUUUUCGUGUCUGCACUGUAACUCUUGAACUGCUUGAAGGAUUUCAAAGAAACUUGGCACAAAUGUUCACCACACCGAGACGACGUGCAGAGCACAUGUUUUGGAUGACUCGUUCAAGGUCAAGGUCACACUUAGGGGUCAAAGGUCAUUAUAUGACUGCUUUGUGUAUAUUGCUCUGCAUUGCAGUGCUCUUGUUUUUAUUUGGCAGAUCCCUUUUUUGUUCACUCACAAUAAUUUUUUUUAAAAUAUUUUGAAUUACUUCCCUUUUAUGUUACUAUAAAUAGCUUAUUUUGAAACUUUUUUAUUUUUGGCCGUAGGGAAAAAGCGAGACCACUUUUCUGUAGUACAACAUGCAUGGUACCUCCAAUUUUAGGUGUAUUUUGACAGAUCUGUACCUGGUGAGGAUUUUUUUAUGGACUUAGAAUUUUUUUUGGAAUUUCUUCCCUUAAAUUUGUUGUUCCUGUGCUUUGGGCUUCAACAGUCAAGUUCUUUAAAUUUCACUCCCAUCCUCUGAUGUAACCCUUCGGGCGUAUAUUGCCCUGCUUGGCCGAGCUCUUGUCUUUUUUAUCUGAUGUGACACUUCACAGGGAAUUACUUCUUUUAACUAAGACAACUUUGUGUUAAAUGUCUUCAGAUAUUUCGACUCCUGAGAAAUCUGAUCUUUCCAUUGAAAGGUUACUGGUAUUGCUUAAUAGUAGUUAGUAACAAGUACUUACUGAGACAUCUGUCUGACAGACUUCUAAAGUAAAUAGUAAAAAGAAAAGCGGCCUGAUAAGUACAGAAAACUUAGCUCUAUGUCUUUAAUAUAUUUGUCUCUGCAAUUAAGAUUUACUUUUGUUGAAAUAAUAUUAUUUGGGAAAAGUUCAUUUUUGUUUUAAUUACAUUCACUGUUUAAGUGAAAACUUCCACUGUUUGGUAAUACACUUCACUCCAUUCAUAUCAUAUGAAAUGUGUACAUGUUAUAAAAUACAAAAAUGUAUGUACUUUCAAAAAUACAUAUUUACAUUUAGAAACAAGAUUAGUAUCUUACUAUUCAUCUUUUUUGCAUAAUUUCAUUAGAUAACACAGCAGUGAUUGAAUAUUAUUACAUGUGUUUUCUAUUUUCUAAUCAGGAAUCAGAUGUUUCAUUUUUUCAAUGAAUUUAAAUGUAUAUUUGAACUGGAGUUGACUGUUAAUAAAUAAGGAUGGAAACAGUUUUUGUUUGCCUAGGAAUAUAUAUUCGUACUCCCAUAUAGGGAAAUAUUUGGAAUUUUAGAAAAAUACAGAAAUUUUAUUUUGAAAGAAAGAAGUUUUUAAAUCUGUUUUUGAAAUCUAUAAAAACAGUUGUUGUUUUUUAUUUGAAAAAAGAAUAUGUGUGGUCAGAUUUCAUUUGCAUUUUAUACCCUUUUGAUUGUUUUAUAGAAACUGACACAGAUGAAAGGUACUUUACAAGAAAGUUUCUACAUAGUAAUAUCCAGUUACGGCAUGUGGUUAUGUAGAAUGCGCCACAAUAUCCAGUUACGGCAUGUGGUUAUGUAGAAUGUGCCACAAAAUAUUUGACAUUUGCUCCUUGGUCUUUUAAUUCUUCAGUUGUUAAUUUAAACAUGUAUGCAGUUUUUCCGUGUAGUACAUGCACACAGAUAUACAUCUUGUUAAGCCAUAAAGUUGUAUGUCAGAAAUUCAAGUCAUUUUUCACUCAGGAUUAAAAUUGAGAAUUUUACUAAAACCUAUAUAAUUAGGCAUUGUGUAUAUACCUGCAUUAAUUCAUUUUAAUUAGAAGAAAAUUCAUGUUGAUCAUGCUAAACGUCCACAACAUAACAAAAAAAGAGGUUUAGUUGAUAUGAAUGAUUGUCAGUACCUUAUAUAACCUGAAUAUCUGCCCUCGACCAAAGUUUGAAAUCUAUUUAACGAUGUCCUUUAUGCGUCUUUCACUAAAAUAGUUUCUAGAAAAAUCCUUGUCAGUGAAUGUAAAUUGAUAUAAUAUAUAAACUGUUUGUAGAGUUACAUUCACAAUUAAGUAUCAUGUAUAGUGGUCAUUUGUGAAAAAAUCUUCCAGGUUUUUUUAGUGAUAGUACACGUUCGUACUGUGCUUAGCUAUACAUGUAUUAGGUGUGUACUAUUUCAAGCCACACAAACAUAAAUUUAUUUUUACAAAGAAACAGUGAACUAAUUGUUCCUAUUCUCUAAUAUGAGUUUGUGUCUAAUAAAUCUUUGUCCUUUUCAUUCAGGAUUUCUUCAGUGUCAGUCUGUUCCCAGUAAUGUUUUGGUUUUAAAAACAAAUAUUAUAAAAAAAAUUCAAAUGUUCAGACUUGUGGCAAAAUUGAAUUGAUCUGGAGUACUUGUGGCUUUUUUAGUUCUGUUUAAACCUUUUUUUCUUAUUUUCAAACAGAUAUGAGUUAGAAAUUGUUGUUUAAAGUCACAGAAAAAUCAUAUGAACCAUAUCAGUGACUGUAAAUAUAUAUGUUUUUAAACUCAGUAACUUAAUUUUGUUUUUGUUCGGAUAAUAAAUUCUAUGUACGUGUAAUAAAGUUUCAUUAAAUAAUAGCUGUAUUUUCAUUCUGCUAAGCUCCACAAGUAAGUUUUCGUUUUCUCUGUCAAAACAUUUUGCUUUAAACAGUUUAGAAAGGAAUAAAGUCAAAACUUGAACAAAAAAUGGAAUCUUUUCUUGAUGUUUUUUUUUCCAUUGGCUGAUCAUUCAAAGUUGGAUGAUUUUAAUUUUUAGCUCGACUAUUCAAAGAAUAGUCUAGCUAUUCUACUCACCCUGGCGUUGGCGUUGGCGUCACACCUUGGUUAAGUUUUUGCAUGCAAGUACAUACAGCCAUCAAUUAAAGGCAUAUAGCUUUGAAACUUACUUUUUCGUUUUCUAGGUCAAUUACCAACCUCUCUGGGUCAAGUCCCAUAACUCUGACAUGUAUUUUGAGCAAAUUAUGCCCCCUUUUGGACUUUGAAAAUUUUGGUUAAAGUUUUACAUGCAAGUUACUAUCUCCAAAACUAAUGCAGAUAUUGAUUUGAAACUUCACAUGUGUCUUCGGGGUUAUAAAACUAGUUGAUAACAACAAGUCCCAUAACUCUGACCUUCAUUUUGGCCAAAUUAUGCCCCCUUUUGGACUUAGAAAAUUCUGGUUAAAGUUUUGCGUGCAAGUACAUACAGCUAUUUUUAAAAGGCAUAUAGAUUUGAAACUUAUUUUUUCGUUUUCUAGAUCAAUUACCAACCUUACUGGGUCAAGUCCCAUAACUCUGACAUGUAUUUUGAGCAAAUUAUGCCCCCUUUUGGACUUAGAAAAUUUUGGUUAAAGUUUUACAUGCAAGUUACUAUCUCCAAAACUAAUGCAGAUAUUGAUUUGAAACUUCACAUGUGUCUUCGGGGUUAUAAAACUAGUUGAUAGCAGCAAGUCCCAUAACUCUGACCUUCAUUUUGGCCAAAUUAUGCCCCCUUUUGGGCUUAGCAAAUUCUGGUUGAAAUUUUGCGUGCAAGUACAUACAGCUAUUUUUAAAAGGCAUAUAGAUUUGAAACUUAUUUUUUAUGCCCCCGAAGGGAGGCAUAUAGUUUUUGAACCGUCUGUCGGUUUGUCAGUCUGUCCGCAAUUUUCGUGUCCGGUCCAUAUCUUUGUCAUCGAUGGAUGGAUUUUCAAAUAACUUGGCAUGAAUGUGUACCACAGUAAGACGAAGUGUCGCACGCAAGACCCAGGUCCGUAGUUCAAAGGUCAAGGUCACAGACGUUAAAGGUCAUUUUUCAUAUAGUGCAUUCGUGUCCGGUCCAUAUCUUUGUCAUCCAUGGAUGGAUUUUCAAAUAACUUGGCAUGAAUGUGUACCACAGUAAGACGACGUGUCGCGCGCAAGACCCAGGUCCGUAGCUCAAAGGUCAAGGUCACACUUAGACGUUAAAGGUCAUUUUUCAUGAUAGUGCAUUCGUGUCCGGUCCAUAUCUUUGUCAUCCAUGGAUGGAUUUUCAAAUAACUUGGCAUGAAUGUGUACCACAGUAAGACGACGUGUCGCACACAAGACCCAGGUCCGUAGCUCAAAGGUCAAGGUCACACUUAGACGUUAAAGGUCAUAUUUCAUGAUAGUGCAUUGAUGGGCGUGUCCGGUCCAUAUCUUUGUCAUUCAUGCAUGGAUUUUAAAAUUAUUGGGCAUGAAUGUGUACCACAGUAAGACGACGUGUCGCGCGCAAGACCCAGGUCCGUAGGUCAAAGGUCCUAAACUCUAACAUCGGCCAUAACUAUUCAUUCAAAGUGCCAUUGGGGGCAUGUGUCAUCCUAUGGAGACAGCUCUUGUUCUUUUUCUAGAUCAAUUACUAACCUCACUGGAUCAAGUCCCAUAACUCUUACAUGUAUUUUGAGCAAAUUAUUCCCCUUUUUGGACUUAGAAAAUCCUGGUUAAAGUUUUGCGUGCAAGUACGUACAGCAAUUACAAAAAGGCAUAUAGAUUUGAAACUUUUUUUUUUCUAGAUCAAUAACCAACCUCACUGGGUCAAGUCCCAUAACUCUGGCAUGUAUUUUGGGCAAAUUAUGCCCCCUUUUGGACUUUGAAAAUUCUGGUUAAAGUUUUACAUGCGAGUUUCUAUCUCCAAAACUAAUGCAGAUAUUGAAUUGAAACUUCACGUGCCUUGGGGGUUAUAAAACUAGUUGAUAGCAGCAAGUCCCAUAACUGAUAUGCAUUUUGGUCAAAUUAUGCCUCGUUUUGAACUUAAAAUUCUUUUGAUAUUUAACCUUUUUGGGUAAUAUUUUCCCGCUUCCGGGACAAUAUUUCAAAUAGUCGAGCUUGGCUGUCUUACGGACAGCUCUUGUUUAUGAACAGUUUUGUAAUUCAUAGGCUUUUGUGGCAUUUGAGCUGGGUUUAAUGCAGCACAGGCUUAAUAUUUUACUUACCCAUUUCAAAAUUUAAUGUUUUACCAUAAGACACCUUGAAUGGUGUUUUUGUUUCUUUCAUUCUGCUACUUUUAUACAUAUCAUACAAGUUAGAUGUCAUUUUCAGUACAUGUUAAUUUAACUUGUACAAAAUUAGACAAGCUGACAUGAAAAUCUAGCUAUUUAUUUACAUGUUGCUGUUUCUGUAUCUGUAUUUAAUAACAAAUUGCAUUCAGUUAUGCAAAGCAAAAAAAAGAAUAAACAGUGGAAAAAAAUCUGUUAGAAAAUAUGCAAAAUAACUAACUUAAAGAUAUUUAUGAUUUAUGUAAUUAUGUAUUUUCGCAGUUUCUUUGGUUAUCGUACAUGUGUCCAAUGUUUCCAAGAACAGGUAUCUUCAGACCUAUUUGGUAUUGAUGGAUUAUUUUUGUCAAACUAUUGAAAUAAACCUUGUCAAAACUCUGA